GUUUGAUUCUGCACCGAUCGUCCUGCCCCCUUAGUUUCUGCAAUGAAGCGAGUCUCCGUUCCCAUCCUCUUUCUUACCGUCCUCUUAUUGCUGUCUGUGGCCUUUGCACGCCAAUUAGGCGAAAAAGAAUAUGACAAGCACGCUGAUGUGAAAGAUGCCGACUACCAUGUAGAUCAGUGGGGUGGAGGGCCGGGUUGGGGUGGCCGCCCCGGCUGGGGUGGUGGUCCUGGCUGGGGCCGACCAGGCUGGGGUGGCGGUCCAGGCUGGGGCCGACCUGGCUGGGGUGGCUGCCGAUACCGCUGCUACUAUGGUCGAUGUUGUUCUGCCGCAGAGUUUGCUGAGUUUGUGCAAUCCCAAGGUGUUCCGCAGAACUGAUUAAGCGUCUAUCCCUAUCCUUUUGAAUAAUAAAUAAUGAUGGUCGUAUGAAUCAUCAGCAUGUUUGGUACGUACUUCUACAAUGGAAAGUAAGCUUAAGAGGAUAGUGGGGGCAUCAUGUUGUGGUUUGUUUCUUGUAAUGAAAGAACCAAAAGCUUGUAUGAUCAUAUUCCCGUUUUGUGCUGUGUUAAUUGUGUAAUGAAAUGCUAUGCAAUAUCAUUACACCAUGAAGUUUGUUACCCUAUUUGCUGUUUAACUUAUAUUCAUAUGCACCGAUUAACUUUUUA